UGGACCCAGCAGUUUAAAAAAACUGCAUAAGUUACCAUGGCUACUGACCCUGGUAAGUGAAGCAGCUUCAUGAUUGAUUUUAUUGAAAUUCCUGAACUGAUUCAGACUGACUUACUAAUCCUGCUACAUCCCUCUCAAUAAGAGUCGGAUGUUUUUAGCAUGUAUUGAAAAGCAUACUUUGGCCCUUUCUGCAAAAAAAUCUGCAACAGCUGAAAUUAUCCCUUGGUAAUCUAUUUAAGCAAUUACUGUCAAAUACUCCCAAUUUUCACCUAAAUGAAGUGCUUAUAAAUCCCAACCACCCAAAAAUGGAAUAACACAAAUUCAGCGCUGUUGGUUAUUCGAAUGAAGCCCAGAAUUAUACCAGUUCUAUGUUUGUCCGGUUUAUGCCCAUUAAUGAAUAAAAUAUUGAUUACAAAAUUAAGCAAGACCACUGUAUGACUAAAUGAGGAGAAACUGUUGACAAUAUGUGUUUAUUUUUGAACCGCGUUGGCAGGUCGAUACAGCCUGGAGAGAUUCCACAUGAUGUCACUGGGAUGAAUUUUCUGCAGUCCCUGAAUGUCUAAACAAAUAUUUGCAAACUUUCUUUCGACAUUGCAUAAUGGAUAAGUACUUGCUUGAAUUGACCAUGAGUUACUAGUUAUGUUGCUCAGCAGCACAGAGUGCGAAGAUGUUCUGGAUCCCUUUUAAACGACGGAAGAAAAAACGUCAAAAAAAACGUCCAACGGAUGCAUGUGGAGAUGAUAAAAUCUCUUCUCUGCAGAACAGCUUGCAGACAAACGCACCAUCUCCCAAAACCUCCUGGUGGCUCUGUGUUCCUUAUAAGAAGAAAAAGAAAAAUAAGACCAAUUUCAAUCAAGAUGUUGUCAAGUUAUCAAUUUCGUCAGCCUCAGAAAAGAGCUCCAGCACAAAGUCACAGGAUGCAGAAGUUGGUGUCGGGGUCUGGGUAUAUCCUUCUUCUGACAGUGCUCUAUCUACUUAUAAUGAUUAUGAGACUCCAGAUUCAGUCCAAUCACGCUUCACCGAAAAAACAGACAAAGUCAGGAAAGUACCAAAUAGUGAGCUUAGGAGAAAGACACAUCCUUCUAGAGUAUCAAGAGAAACUGAGAAUGACACAAAGAGAGUCUCUUCAACUGAGAGCGUAGAAGUCAUAUCUCCUGGGCCUCCCCAUGGAUCCGUCAUAGAUGUCUCAGUUACUGAGGUUAAUGAAAUUCAGCCACAAGUCUCACCUGAGUUCAACAUUUUUAUCCCUGACUCCAAUAGCUACAACAACCUGAAUCUAUAUUUAGGGAUCAGAGAAACUGGACCAAAUGAGGAUUUAGACUGCCUUGGGCUACCCAACCUGGGACUGACUUGCUACAUCAACUCUAUCCUACAAAGCCUUCUCACCCUGAGAUGCUUCGUUCAAGAGCUCCACAACCAGCUACCCGUGUGGAGUUCUCACCCCAAAUCCCAGCUCUUCAGAGCAAUUCUGGACACUGAAGUCUCCUGCUUCUCCGACAUGAAAGAGGAGAAAAAAGCGGUUCUGUCCUUUUUUAAAAAGACCGUCGCCAAGUUUAAUUCAAGCUUUGAUGAUGACGGACAGAAAGACGCCUCCGAGUUCCUCAUCUGUGUUCUGGACAUAAUGAGGUCCCUGUCGCACGAAAUGCACGUGAGAGCGUCGGACUUGGGCUUGACCUACAAAUGCCCCGUCGCUGAGCACAUUGCACUGCAGAUGAUGAGCACCAGAACCUGCAUGGGAUGCGGUGAUCAGUCCCACACAGUGGAGGACUUUGUCAGCCUCAGUCUGGAUCUGGUCCCACACGGUUCAGUGAACCAGUGUCUAGAGGAGUACCUCAGGGAGGGCCAUUUAGAACACAUGUGCCAUUGUGGAGUGAAGAACUCAUCAGUGCAGAGCUCAUUCCUCACUCUUCCAAACGUGCUGAUCCUGCACCUGAAGCGCUUUAAAUUCACCAGGUCAAAUGCAGUGAAGAAGAUAAAAAAGCCCGUCGCUCUGUCGAGAGAACUUAUGGUGAGAGAAGAGUUCACAGCCACAAAAAAUAUGGCGACCUAUUAUUUUUUGGUGAGCAUCGUCAGCCACAUAGGGUCCAAAGCUGACAGCGGCCAUUACAUCUGCGACGGCAUUCACAGGAGGCAGAAUAUGAACAUUACAGACGACUCUUGGCUGACGUACGAUGAUGAGCACGUCAGCCAGACAACAGAAGAAGAGGUCUGCUUGUGGCGGGAGCGAAACGCUUUCCUGCUCUUCUAUGAGAAAAGAAGAAGCUGAUUCCUUAAGUACUGUUUGUCAGCUAGUUUCCUGCCAUCAUCUCUUUAUUAACCAGCACUAUUUAUAGAUGCUUAUGCAGAUGUGCAGCAACUCCUGUAUUCUUUUAAUGCUAUUAAACUGCAUUUUAAGUACCAACAA